AAGUGACAAUUAAGAAGAACGAUUAAAAAAAAAGAGAGGAGAGAAACGCGAAGGUGAGGAAACCGUACUUGCGAAAUUCAAAGUCCUUGGUAUAGAGCUCAGGUGAGAGAGCUGGCGAUUGCCCCCACGCGCUGAUAGCGUUCAGGAAGAGAAGCUUCUCGAACAAUGGAGCUGUCGAAGGGAGAGAUCCAAGCGAAGACGGAGGCCGAGGUGAAGGAUCAGAAUCCGAAUCCGCCGCUGAGCGCCGAUCCGAAGGCGGUGGAUCAGGGACCGAAGGGCGGCGAGGAUGCGAGCACCGUGAUUUCCUUGUCCGAAGAAUCUGGGGCUCCUGUCGGAAUUGAGACACAGGGAGGUCAAACGGCGGGGCAAGCGCCGACUCGUUCGGCGUCAGGAUCGAGGAAAUCGGUCCACUGGAGCCCCGAGUUGGUGAGCGAGUCUCCGGCGCCGGAUCAUAAGGGCGUUUCGUCCUCCUCCUCCGAUGGAUCUAAUCCGUACAUCGCUCGUUCUCCGGUCGAUACGUCGGCUAACUCGUUCAAAGAUAGGAUGGAGUCUGUGAAAGGAGUGCUGGGGAGAUGGGGAAGGAGGGUGGGUGAAGCGGCGAAGAAGGCUGAGGACCUGGCCGGGAACACCUGGCAACAUUUGAGAACUUCUCCAAGCUUUGCUGAUGCUGCCAUGGGAAGAAUUGCACAGAGUACAAAGGUCCUGGCAGAAGGCGGCUAUGAGAAGAUUUUCCGACAAACCUUUGAGACAGUGCCGGAGGAGCAACUGCUAAACUCGUAUGCAUGUUACUUGUCAACAUCUGCUGGGCCGGUCAUGGGAAUUCUAUACAUAUCCACUGCCAAGCUUGCUUACUGUAGUGACAAUCCUCUCUCAUAUAAAAGCGGUGGACAAACUGAAUGGAGCUAUUAUAAGGUUGUCAUUCCUCUGCACCAGCUUAAAGCAGUUAACCCUUCAACUAGCAGAGUCAAUCCCGCGGAAAAGUAUGUCCAGGUAAUCUCGGUUGACAACCACGAGUUCUGGUUCAUGGGUUUUUUAAACUACGAAGGUGCGGCUACGUCAUUGCGAGAAGCCUUGCAAUCUGGUACGGUUCAAUCAGUGUGAGAUUCCCUAUCCAUUCUUGAUAUCACAUUAUUCUCUCGAUUCAAUCGGAGUAUUCGGUUGUCACCCCUUGUUGCCAGUGUUGCAAUGCCCAAAGCCACUCUGAUAUAUACACAUUUGCUAUAGAAACUAGUUGAAUCUUAGGGGGCAACAACACAUUUUCUUCUGGUCUUAAUCUAUGUGGUUGUAAGAGAAUAUUUUGUCCCCCUAAAAAGCUAUUUGUUACUCUUUAUGUGACA